UGGUCCAGUGGAGAGGCAAGAGCCAAUACAACUGGUUCCAGCAACAUCGCAGGAGUUGGCAGAGUGACACAAAGUGCCUCCAAAGAGGAACUAAGCACAAUAAGAAGAGGAACUAAGCACAAUAAGAAAGAGCAAGGCUAUAUUUCAGAUACAAAAUCUCACUGCUGAGAUCUCUGUUUGGGGUGGUGACAGAUCUAAAAAGAAAUAUUUGCUACUAAGCAGAGUGAAGCUUCCAAAUGGGGUUUUCUCUCAAGGUCAUUUUUCUUGGUAGGUAUCACCGAACAGGACAAUAUCUUAUGUUCUUGCUGACUUUCCUUUCCACUAGUAGAAUCAUCUUUUUUUUCCCCCUUCCAGGCCUGUUACUGAAUGGACAGCAGUGGAUGUCCAGAGGACAGAACUAUCACAAGCCUUCCAUCUCCGUGACCCCCAGUGCUGCGGUGACCCUGGGCAGGAACGUCCACAUCCAUUGCAGGAGCGAAGGAUACAAUAAAAUGGAAUUCCACCUGGUCAAAGAAGUCUCUGCCUCAAUGAAGACUUUGAACACCAAGACAGCAGAGAUGGACGAAGUUGUGUUUUCUAUUGAAAAUGCCAAGCAAUCGGAUAGGGGCACCUAUCGCUGUGUGUACAUCUUCAGAUCAGAUGGUUACCAAACGUGGUCAGACUACAGUGAAGCAGUACACCUCAACAUUACAGAGACAGCAAAGCCAAGAGAACUCAUGACAGCCAUGUGGGCCAGCGGUGCUGCAGGCCUUUUCCUUCUGCUUCUCCUCCUGUCGUUAAUUGCCUUCUUACUGUACAGAAAGAAGAAUAAAGGCUCAACUGUUAAGGAAAGAAGCAAAGCAGUCAACAUGGCCUCGCAACCAGAAGACGAAGCAGAAUCCGGUGACGUUGCCUAUGCUUCCUUGAACCACCGCUCGCUGAAGACCGAACAUGCAGCCAGUCCUGACCGAGCCCCGGAAUCAUGUAUUUAUGCACUGUUGGCUGAAGGCAGAACAAAGGAGGGCCAAUAGUCAAGCCUUCUCAGGGUUGGGGAUAAUGGGACAUCACUGCAACCUUGAGGCUCAUGGAAAUACUGUACAUCUUAAGGAUGGCUCAUAUAAGCAGGUUUUGCUUGUUUCUCUAUACAAACAUUGUUAUCCAAGCUCAUAAUGGAAACACAGUUGUGGUAACCUAGCUGGCAUAUGGAGAGGGUGCCAUCAGCUACAGGUGUCAAAGUGCACAGAUUUUGACAAACUGAGGUCACCUGGAGAUUUGAGGUAAUGAUUCCCC